AUGACCAAAUCAUGGACCAGAGUUCUGGACCUUUGGGACCCCGUUGGUCCACAUAGCUGGCCUCUAGGUAAUGUCAAUCUCUCUGACGAAUGGAUCUUCAAGUGUGCUCAAGACCGCGCCGCUCUAUGGCCCUACGACCUCUGCAAGGCUGGACUGGUAAGAGUUACCCGUAUACCAAGGGGCCCAGCGCUGUUCUGCUUGGUGUUCCAGAAUCACUAUGCCCUCGUUGGUGAUCUAGCGACCUGGCAAAGAAGAAAAACUAACAGGUUGCUCCCCCUGUCGCCAAUCAGCAGGCUCGCCAUGUUUGACCAGCAGCCUGACAGCAUGUUUCUAUUACAGGUUAACAAGUCAUCGAUUUGCAAGGAAACUCAGAGUGGACCAACCAAGUCCACUGGAUUCAGUCUCAGAUGUUGA